GUUGAAUGUGUCUUUCUAUCCUGAAAUAGGCACGAAAUAAAUAUACAUUUCACACAGGCAGCUGAAUGGCCGACUCCUCCAAGUGACAUCAAUAAUUACAUUCGCCAAGUACACCACCCAGUGCCAUUUUGGCUCAAACAAAGUCUGGAUUUCACUAAUUUCUUGCAAGUUGUUUCUGAUUCUUUUCCAAAUAUAUUAAUGUAGCAACGUUCUUCAUUAUGUUUAAUGCAUGGCUGCAUUAUUUCUGUUAUAUGUGAAUAAUCAAAACCGUACAGCCAGGACGUUUUUUGCAAAUCGCUAACGUUAUUAGCUGUUAGCUUUAGGGGGACUCUCCAACGUUACGUGUCAUCAUUAGCAGGACAUUAGUUACUCGAGCUAGCAAGCUAAUAGCGUUUCGCAAGUUAGCGUACUGCUGACUUUCGGCACCAAUAACGAAAGAGAAAUGGGUGGAUGCUCGGCUCCAAAUUGCUCAAACUCUACUACUAUAGGAAAACAACUCUUUCGAUUCCCCAAAGACCCAGUACGAAGCAGAAAGUGGGUGAUCAACUGUCGACGUGAUUUUGUGCCGACUCCGUGUUCCAGGUUAUGCCAGGACCAUUUCGAAGAAAGUCAGUUUGAGGAAAUCGCCAGAUCACCAGCAGGGGGAAAGAAACUCAAACCCAAUGCCAUCCCUACACUUUUCAAUGUGCCCGACCCCCCAUCUCCCAUUACGCCCCAGAUAACACUACCUAUCAAACCAGAACCAGUGGAGAAGGACCUCAAUGUGGGUGACCAUGGCUAUGCUCGGCGACAGCCAAAGCUCAAUGCAGAGGAGGAGGCAGGACUGCAGAGAGCAGAGGAGGAGCGGCCCUGCUCCCUCUGUCAACACUACAAGGCCCAGCUGGAGCAGCAGCAACAACACACAGCAAGACUACAGCGAGAGGUGGAGGAAAUGAAGAAAAGGCUCCACAAACUGAACAAGAUAGAAAAAGGACUACAGAUGUUUCUGUUUGAGGACCAGAUCCGGGCCCUUACCUUGGCCAAGCGCUCUCGCAGGGCUGUGUGGUCUCAGGACACUGUGCUGACCGCCCGUAAAAUCCGCUGUGCAGUCGGAGUCAAAGGCUACGAGUUCCUUCGGGAUCUGGGAUACCCCUUGCCCUCCUACAGAACUUUGUGCAAUCGCUUAGAACCCAAAACAAUGUCCGCUUCUAUGCAGGAAGAGCUUGCUGAACUGGGUUUGGGUAUCAUCACGUCAUGUGACAGUCCAGAGGGCAGUGGAGCAAACGAUGAAGGACUAGUUGGUGUGAUGACAUAAAAUGACCGCUUGUUUGUUUGUUUUGGAUUUUCUAAUGAAUUUGAUUUGUUGCAAAAUGCAGACACCAGUUGUAAAAUAAAUGUGAGGACGGGUAAAACACAAUAUCAAAACUAGCCUGGACAACCAGACGAACCAACCCAGCAAUAGGCAGACAAUAUUUUUGCCUCUCAAGUUGGUCUACAACUGCACCAAUGACAACUUGAACAGUUGAACGCCAACGGCUUGGUCCCACCAUAGACUGUAUAAUAAUAAUAAUAAUAAUAAAUGGACAGAGCAUCAAUGAUGUCACCCAUAGACUUCUGCAGAGCUGAAUGAAGCCAAUUUAGCUGGCAACCAGAAGGUUGCCCCCCACAGCCCUCAACUUUCUGAACCAUGUGAUGCCGGCCAUGACAUAUCAGAAUGUCUCAAUAUUUUUUCUAGAGAAAAUUUGUGUGUAUAUUCAUUCUCUUUUUUAUCUGCACCGAAGUGGACUUCUGCAUACUGAAAUCUUGAUUUUAAGAAAAAAAUGAAAUAUUCAGAAAAAUGCCCAGGCUGUCACAUUUUGCAACACAUUUACCUUUAUCGUAAUAAGCUAUGUUUGGUUAUAGUUUCAAGCUAAAAUUAAACUGUGUAAUUAUGUCUCAAACCACCUGUUGGGACUUGUCUGUAUGGACAGAUCUGAAUGGAAUUUAUUAUGUUGAUGUAGACAGCCCAAUUCAUGAUGGAACAACAAUCUAGAAAGUGUAAGAUGUCGACUUUUAAGUGUUGAAUUAACACGUAUUUACGGUGUA